AUGUAUCGAAAAACUCCAAGAGUUCUUUGGAAUGUCAUUAAAUGCAAACAUCAUUUAUACAGAAAUAGGUUUGUUAUAUUUUUUUUUUUUGUUGUAUAUAUAUUUUUUUCCUUGCAGUUAACUUCCCACUCUAUUUAUACUUCAUUUCUCCCUGAAGCCCCUCUUUUUUUACAUUAUCGCCAAAUACACUUCAAUGUUUGCCGCUAUACGCCAACCGACAGAAGCAAAAUUGAAGAGACCCUUAGAAUGAUACGAGAAGAUCUCCAGCAACAAGAAAAAGAGGAUAAAGACGUUUGUGUUUCUUUUUUCUUGUUUGAUAUUUCAGUAUUCAAGCCCUUUUUUGACUUAGCCGAAACCCAAGCGCCGAAACCGCCUUUAUCAAAGCGUGUAAUGAACGAAUUGAAGCAUUAUUAUCAUGGUUUUCGUCUGCUAGUGUUAGAAACCAGACUUAGCACACGGUAUUUAUGGAGGGUAGUAACUGGUCAUUCAUUGAUGCGAAAGGAAAGGCAACAACUUGUGCGGACCGUUUCUGACUUAUUUCGUCUUGUACCUUUUUCAAUAUUUAUUAUAGUUCCAUUUAUGGAAUUUACCCUUCCGAUCUUUCUAAAACUGUUUCCGAACAUGCUUCCCAGUACAUUUCAAGAGGAGUCAAAAGAGAGAGAAAAACUGAAGCGACGUUUAAAAGUUAAGUUGGAAGUUGCCAAGUUUUUGCAAGAUACGAUUGACGAAAUUGGCUUGCAAAGAAAGACAAAAGGGAGCAAAGACAGUAAAGCUAUGGAAUUCGCGGCUUUUAUUAAAAAGGUCAGACUGGAAGGGGGUUACGUCACCACCGAGGAAUUGUUUAAGUAUUCGAAAUUAUUUGAAGAUGAGUUAACCCUAGAUAAUCUUGGGUUAGGUACACUUCGUGCAUUAUGUAAAUUAUUAGACAUAACACCGUUAGGAUCUCCUGAAAUCCUUCGGCUUCAAUUACACCUGAAAUUGCGAGAAUUGAAAGCAGAUGACAAGGAGAUUGCAUUAGAGGGUGGUGUUGAAGCACUAAGCACCGGAGAGCUACAGCAAGCUUGUAGGGCCAGAGGUAUGCGUUCUCUUGGAGUUAGCGAGGAGCGGCUGCGGAAUCAGAUGAGACAGUGGUUGGAGUUAUCCUUAAACGAUAAAGUGCCUCCCUCACUUUUGCUCCUCUCACGUACUUUAUAUCUUCCAGAAGAAAUUCCAUUUGCUGAUCGCCUUAGGGCCCUUCUGACCUUAGUUCCGGAAAGUGUGGCUGAACAAGCGAAACAAAGACUGACUGAGUUGGAGGGCAAUAAAGUUAGUUAUAAAGAACGACUUGACCUGAUUAAGAACAUUGAGAAAGCGAUAGCGGAAGAGAGAAAGGCUGUUAAGGAGGCCAAAUUGAAGCGGGAAGCUGAAGAAAAAGCUAAGGUAAAGCUUAUUUUAGUCUUUACGGAAAUAAUUGGGAUUUUAAUAGUUGAAGUUUUUGAAGGAAGCAGAAUUAAAUACAACAGUUUUUUUGAGAUAUCAUCAUUCAAAAUUUUUCAAGCGAAGCAUGAUAUUACAGAGUUGAAGGAGAAAGUUCAAGAGCGUACUGAGGACCUGAUAGAAGUUGAUGCACUUAAAAAGGAUCUUGCCGAACCUAAGGGUGCCAAACGUCUAAGACGUCAUGUUACUCACAUCAUUGAAAACUUGGAUGUACUGGUGGCUCAGUUGGAGCAGAAAAGAAAAGAUAUUAGUGAAACAGUGGCUGAUCCUGCUGUUAAAGGAGAGGACAGCAGAAAGAAGUAUGUUCUGUGGUUGAAAUCAAAUUCGAUUUUGAUGUUCAGACAGUCGUUAUUGCUUAAAAUUUCAUGCAGACAUAAGGAUCUCCAAAUUCGGGUUGCUGAAAUAAAAAAAAUUGUUGAGAUGUUAAAGAAGGAAGAAGAAAUGGAAGCACUGGAAGCAUUUAUUACGGGAAUCUCACCGUAUCCACCACCUCCGCCUGAGAAGUCUAGUCAUGCACCUAAAGCUGUACCCUUGCCUGAAACGGCUCAGGCAGUCGAGAAAAAAUCGGAAGCUCAGCAGCCAAAGUGA